AUGCCGCCGAACAAGACAUCGACUGCUGCGGCUACCGCCAGCACAAGGACCAGACCCACCCGUGCCGCUGCAACCAAGGCGGUCGCGGCGGCCGUUGCUCCCACCACAGCAAAGUCCAACGGCAAGAAACGUGCCGCUGCCGACGAAGCCGACUCUACCUCUGCAAAGAAGAACGCCGCCGCUACCACAAAGUCGAAAGCAAACAAGGCCGCACCUGCAACAGAGGCAGAUGAGGAGGACGUCGAAGAGCGUGACUUGAUCGCCUCGCUCUCUGAUGUCUCUGCCAAUUCAUCCGACCAAGAAGAAGAAGAAGAACAAGAAGAAGAACAAGAAGAAGAACAAGACGACAUUCAAGACGAAGCCAACUCAUCCGACGAAGAUGACGAGGACGACCGGCUCGCAUCCACCACUUUGCAACCUCGCUCCUCUCUCGCCUUUGUCAAGCUUCCCAACUCGAAAGAUGACGCUGUAGUGCGUGCUCGUCUCGACAAACUUGGCAAAUCCAAGUCCUCCUCCAAGGGCGCUUCCACUACUCCUGGAGUUCUAUACAUCGGUCGCCUGCCCAAAGGUUUCUUCGAGAAACAGCUCAAAUCGUACUUGUCGCAAUUCGGCCAUGUCAGCCGACUUCGUGUUUCGCGUAACAAGAAGACCGGUGCUUCGAAGCACUACGCUUUCGUCGAAUUCGCAGACAAGGAUGUGGCUCAGAUCGUUCAGGAGACCAUGCACAACUAUCUGAUUGAUGGGAGAUUGCUACAGGUCAAGGUCGUGCCAAAGGACAAGGUGCACCCGGAGCUGUGGGUCGGUGCCAACAGGAUGUACAGGGCCAUUCCAACGGCUCGAGUCGAGAGAGUGGUCAGGUCAAGGGACAAGACAGAGGAGGAACAGCAGAGAACAUACGAGAGGGCUUUGAAGAGGCAAGAUGAGAGAAAGCACAAGUUGAAGAACCUCGGCAUCGACUACGAUUUCCAAGGAUACACCAAGGACGACGGUGCUGCACCAGAAGCGAACAAGGCACCAGCGGCAAAGGCAAAGACUACCAAGGCAAAGACUACCAAGGCCUGA